AACAUAUCACGUGAUGAAGACAAAGCUGGACAGGUCUGAUUAGUGUGGCUCGUUUUUACUUUAUAUUUGACGCAUCGCCUCCAAAUAAAAGGAUUAAAAUCCACUUUUAUAUUAUAUUUGCAAUACAAAAACAACAUGUUUAUAUAAUUUAGAAGAAGGUUCUUAUCCUUAGUCUUAAAUACGAAAUAAUGCUGAUUACAUAGUUUCACGAUAUUAGGAAAAAAAUUAUGUCAUCGGUAAUUUCAGAAGAGGAGGCUAAAGAGAGUAGUCAGAAGAUGGAUAACGAGUCAGAUUGUUUUAUAAUAACUCCUCAAACUUCACCUCCAACGACUGAGGAAAUAACGAAGGAUCAGUCUACACCUACAUCAAAGCCAAAACCAAAAUUAUUAACUAGUACACCAAGAAUAUCAAUUGAAUCUACCGAUCAAAACACUCCUGGUCUCGCAUUAACACCAAUAUCUGAAACUUUAUCUCAAAGAGAAACGAACUUGUUACGGAAAUCUUUGUCACUGGAACGAACACCAGUAAGUAGAGAAAAUUCCCAAAAAAGGUUGAAAAGAAAAAAACGUCUUACAUCUAACGCUUCUUGUAUUGAAGAAUUAACUCCAGAGAAUACCUAUAACUUCAGAUUAGACAGCCUUAGAGUAGACAAUGAAAAAACUAUUGAAAAUAUGACUGUUAUGAGCUUAGAGCUGUUUACUGAGACACGGCAAAAUCUCUUACCAAAUCCAGAAUAUGAUCAAAUCAUUGCUAUAUUUUAUUCAAUUUAUGAAGACAGUAUGGCAUCUAAAGAAGAAUUUCUCGUUGGUUGUAUGAUCGUUGAAGGUAGCGAAGAUCAUAUCCAAUGUCACAAAGAGAAUGUGCUCCAUAUUGUUCAAGACGAAGCUACGCUCUUUGAAGAAUUGGUUCGGGUUGUUCGAAGUCAUGAUCCAGAUAUAUUUAUAGGCUUUGAAAUAGAUACUCUCUCUUGGGGAUAUUUGCUGGAUAGAGCGAAAAUCUAUGACAUUAAAACUUCUUUUCAAGAUAAACAUUCAAUGCCUGGUCGGAUAGUGCUUAAUCUAUGGAAAGUUCUAAGACACGAAUUAACUUUAAACAUCUAUACUUUUGAAAAUGUUCAUUUUCAUGUUCUUCAUAGGAGAGUGCCUAAAUACGAUUGGCCUACUCUACAGUCUUUGUGGAAAUGGAAUCGUUGGAGACUCAUGGAUUACUUUUAUACAAGAGUCGUUGGAAAUAAUUGGAUUAUUCUACAACUAAAUUUAAUAGGUCAGACUAGUGAAUUAGCAAGGGUAUUUGGUAUAGAAUUUAGGGAUGUUCUCUCAAGAGGAUCUCAGUAUAGAGUAGAGUCUAUGAUGCUACGAGUAAGUCGAUCAAGAAAUUACGUUCCUGCUAGUCCCAGCGUAGAGCAGAGAUCAAGGCAAAAAGCUCCGGAAUGUGUACCAUUAAAUAUGGAACCUCAUUCCAAAGUUUACAAAGAUCCCGUUAUAGUCCUUGAUUUUCAAUCUCUAUAUCCGUCGAUAAUGAUUGCUUACAAUAUUUGUUUCACAACCUGCUUAGGAAAAUUAUAUAAUCUUAAGAACUGCGAUAAAUCUGAUAUAGAAUUGGGAUGUUGUCAGUAUUCCAUUGAUCCUCAAGAAGUUGUUCGGUUAGCCGAUAAAAAUCUCCUCUACGUAUCGCCUAAUAAAGUUGUAUUCGUUAAGCAAGAGGUUCGGACGGGAGUUAUAUCAGAUUUAGUGGACGAUCUAAUAGAAACUAGACAAUUAGUGAAAGCUCGAUUAAAAGAAUGCGACGAUAAAAGUAAAUCUAGACUAUUACAAGCCAGGCAACUAGGUUUGAAAUUAGCUGCAAACACUACGUACGGUUAUACUGCUGCGUCGUUUAGCGGUAGAAUGCCCUGUGUGGAAGUUGCUGACGCUAUAGUCCAGACGGCUAGAAAAACUCUUGAAAAUGCCAUCGAACUAGUCAAGAAAGAGUUUCCUAUGUGUAAAAUUUUGUAUGGUGACACUGAUUCUAUGUUCGUUUUGACGCCUGGUAAAACAGUUGCCGAAGCUUUUGAAUUAGGAAAACAAAUGGUUAAGGUAGUUACUGAUGCUAAUCCACCACCCGUUAAGUUAAAAUUGGAAAAAGUUUACUCAUCUUCCGUUUUGCAAGCAAAGAAAAGAUAUGCUGGAUGGGCUUACGAAAGUCCUGAUGGAGAACCUUUCCUCGAUUGUAAGGGAAUAGAAACAGUAAGAAGAGACUCUUGUCCUGUAGUGUCAAAAAUACUCGCGAAAACUUUAAAUCUAUUACUGAGGGCACCGAAUAUUCAGGAGGGUGUUCGCCUUGUUAAGGAGUAUGUCCUUAAGCAAUGUUCUAAAGUAUUAGCGGGAAGGGUCAACGUGCAAGAUUUCAUCUUGGCUAAAGAAUACAGGGGCAGCUAUAAACAAGAUCACAUACCUGCUGCUUUGAUAGCAAGAAAGAGAUUAGCGGCUGAUCCGAGAUCGGAACCCAAAAUUUCGGAGAGAGUACCUUAUGUUAUUAUAAGUGGCCCUCCAGGAGUACGUCUUAAAGAUAAUGUUCGAGAGCCUAUAGAACUUCUAGUUGAUUCAUCAUUAAGAAUUAACGCUGACUACUAUUUGAGUAAACAAAUCCUUCCUCCUUUACAUAGAGUAUUAUCUUUAAUUGGAAUUGACGUGUUUAGUUGGUACCAAGAGAUUCCUAGAACGCUACAAUUAGGCGGUAGCGUAAAUGCAAACAAGAAAACUAUUUCACAAUUCUUUAUGGGCGCGGAAUGCGCAAUAUGCUCGAGUAGGGUUCAACCGAAAUCUAUUGUCUGCUCAACAUGUCGCGAAUCGGAAGGAAAGUGUUGCCUUAUUCUUGAGAAGAUGGCUUUCGACAUAGAAAAAGCAUAUAUAAACGCUUCGAAAAUAUGCAAAACUUGCAAAAACUACAACAGUGAUGAUAAAGAAUGUAAAAGCUUUGAUUGUCCUGUUCUUUUUAGAAUAGAAAAAUUUCGUAGGAAAUUAGACCAUGCAUCACUUUUAAGAGAUGCCGCUAAAAAUCUAAAUUCGCAAUAA